AUGUCGAUGCACUUCCACCAGAGGCGCUUCUUCGCGUACUUGAGUGGAGCUCCCAACCUACACACACUAAGCUCCGUGUCUUCUCACAGCCACACCCUGGUGACAACGGACCGAUGUGUGUCGCUCUUAAGCUACGGAGACUCCGGCUACAGUCUGCAUAAGCUCGAAGUGGACGCACUUCGUACCGGUAAGGCGGACGUAGUAGCUGCUGCUGCCAUUGAGCGACCAGAGACGUGUCAGUCACGAGUUGCAGUCGCGUAUGCAGUCGGAGAUGCGCUGUUCCUGCAGGUUUUAGCACAUCAUCAUGGAUCUAUCGGCAAUGGAGACGACGCUGAAGCCUCUGGCUGCGGGACUUUUCAGUUAGAGGCGGCACCUACUUGCAUGUUCAGUGCACAGGCUGCAGGGCCGAAUGGAGACGUCUUUUAUGGCGUCAUGGUGUGCUGCACAGACUCCAUGUUGGCUUUUGGGUAUAUUGAGAACGAGAAGGAAGCCUCCACGACCGGCUCCGCUACUGUUUGCACUCGACUGAAUAACGACCAGUUUGCUGCUUUCUUUCCUGAACUCUCGACCUUCACGUACACAAUCCUGGCUGUGGAUAUCUACACGUCACCUGGAAAAGAUCAAGGCUGGGUCGCGUUCGGUUGUGCUGACGGUCUAGUGCGCGUGUUCCAUGGAUCGAUGCGACGAGGAUGUCUUGGGGGCCCAUUCCAGACGAAAGAUCUCCAGCUGAACGGCCCCGUGACUGGUGUUGCUCUUUUCCCGAAACAGAAAACCGCUCCAAACAACUCGACCUCGACUUGGUGCUGUAACCUGCUGGUGACAUGUGCGAUCGGCCAGGCGGUUGUCUACGAGGACUUAUACAACACUUCCACGGAAGACGAGAAUAGCGAGGUGUUGGUGGACUCGGACACGUUCGACUCGAUUUUCGCGGGUAUCACUGCUGACAUCGACCUGGAUGGAGAGGUUGAAUUGCUUUUAGGAACAGACAGUCAGAAAUGGCAGCGGUUGUCCCGCAGCCAGUGGGAUUUGGAGACUUUUGGUGCCAUCUACAGUCUUUUAUGGCGAGACAUCAACCACGACGGCGUACCCGAGCUGCUCAUCGCCAGCUCCACUGGCAUUUACGUGUACGAAGCCGACCCGGCUUUCGUGAUCAACAAGGUUGAGCAUGUCUUAGCAGCAUUGCACACGUCUUCAACAACGACGAAGUGA